CUCCGGACGGACAGACGGACAGACAGACCGCGGAGGAGUUUAAAUACCGGAGAGUGUCUGAACCGGGACAUUUGACAGAAGAAGCCUCGUACCGUUCGCUCCGUCCUGUCCUCCUCCUCCUCCUCUGUGUCCUCCUGCUGCUCCUCGGAUGGAGCCCUGGUUCUAAUUCCUCCACAGCCCCCUCGCGCAGAGUCGCCCCCCGCGCCGCCGGCUCUGACGCCUGAGCCGCGCCGCCCGGUGACCGGCCCGUCCCCGCCGUCCGCUCCGUCUUCCAGCAGGCCGCCGUCUCCUCCGUGACUCUCUGUUCCCAUGCGAUUCUUCAGACUCACAUUCAAGUGUUUCGUGGAUUGUUUUUGAAGGUCGCUGUCCGAUAUUCGGUGUAAAUCCCUUUAUUUUUAUUUUCAUUAUUUUCCUCUCUCUAUUUUUUUUAAAACAAAUCUCCUGAUUAUAAUUAGACUUUUUUUUUUUUUUUUUUUUUUUUUUUAAUAUUAACCUCCUGUUUCUAAUUCGUGGAUUAAAUUGGAGUGGUUGAAUGAACCCUUGUGGCUGAUGUGAUCCCGGAUUGAAAAUAAUCCUCCUAUUAUUUGUUCUUGGAUCUGAAGGAAAAAGGACAGGACAGAUCUGCUGUUUCUGACUCAUCUGUUCAUGAGGAUCUGAGGAGGUGAACAGGUGAGGAACACACUCCUAUUUAGGACUAAAACCAGGACUUAAAACCUGCUGAAUUAAAGGGAACCGUGUCUGCUUUUUCAGACCAGGGUCUGGACUUUCAGAGCAGGUGAAAAGAAGCAGAGAACUGAGUCCGAGCAAAAGGCAAAGACACUCAAGUGAAAGAGAAAGAGGUAGAAAACUGAGAAGCAGAGCUGAGGCUGAGUCACUGACUGGAGCAGGAUUAAAGGCACGCAAAGGCGGACACUUGGUGGGACUGUGGACCCCCGUUGACUGGUUCCUCAAGGGUACCUACUGGUUCCUCAUUGGUUUUUGCUGGUUUCUGAUUGGUUCUUCGCUGGUUCCUGCUGGUUCCUCCUGGUUCUUCACUGGUUCCUGACUGGUUCCUGACUGGUUCUCAUCUCGUCAUGGAGAAGCAGGCUCUCCCCGCCUCCUCCUGCUCCCUGGUCAUGCUGGAGGAGACCAAGAAGAACCACCACCUCCUCAUGUCCAACGGCGCCGGGUUCUCCUCCGCGGCCACCAACGGCAGCCUGAUGGGGUCCAACGGCGCCGGAGGAGGCGCUGGCGGUGCCAGCCUGGUCGUCGGCGGAACCUGCGCCGGCCCGGACAAGAAAGGGGGCGUGGUUACGGCGAUUCCAGAGCGUGAGACGUGGACGCGGCAGAUGGACUUCAUCAUGUCGUGCGUGGGCUUCGCGGUCGGACUCGGGAACGUGUGGAGGUUCCCCUACCUGUGCUACAAGAAUGGAGGAGGCGUCUUCCUGAUCCCUUACCUGCUGUUCAUCUUCGUCGGAGGGAUCCCCAUCUUCUUCCUGGAGAUCGCUCUCGGUCAGUUCAUGAAGGCCGGAAGCAUCAACGUGUGGAACAUUGCACCGUUAUUUAAAGGUCUGGGUUACGCCUCCAUGGUGAUAGUGUUCUUCUGUAACACCUACUACAUCAUGGUGCUGGCCUGGGGCUUCUACUACCUGAUCAAGUCCUUCAACUCCACCCUCCCCUGGUCGAGCUGCGACAACCCCUGGAACACGCCCAGCUGCAUCGAGAUCUUCCACCAGCAGGGCUGCAACAACAGCAGCCUCGCCAACGUCUCCAUCUCUGGAAACCACACCUGCGCCGACCUGGUGGACGGACGCUCGCCCAUCAUCGAGUUCUGGGAGAACAAGGUGCUGAACAUCUCGUCGGGUCUGGACGAACCUGGGCAGAUGAACUGGGAGCUCAUGCUGUGUCUGAUGGCCGUCUGGGUUCUGGUCUACUUCUGUGUAUGGAAAGGAGUCAAGUCCACCGGGAAGAUCGUGUACUUCACGGCGACCUUCCCCUACGUCGUCCUCAUCAUCCUCCUGGUCCGAGGUGUUACUCUUCCUGGAGCGUACGACGGUAUCAUGUACUACAUCAAACCCGACUGGUCCAAACUGGAGGAGGCUCAGGUGUGGAUCGACGCCGGGACGCAGAUCUUCUUCUCCUACGCCAUCGGACUGGGAGCUCUGACCGCUCUGGGCAGCUACAACCGCUUCAACAACGACUGCUACAAGGACGCCUUCGUGUUGGCGUUGAUAAACAGCGGGACCAGUUUCUUUGCUGGUUUUGUUGUGUUUUCUAUUCUGGGCUUCAUGGCUGCUGAGCAGGGAGUCGACAUCUCACAGGUCGCUGAAUCAGGUCCAGGUCUGGCCUUCAUCGCGUACCCGAAGGCCGUCAGCCUGAUGCCGGUCGCUCCUCUGUGGGCGGCGCUCUUCUUCUUCAUGCUGCUGCUGCUCGGAUUGGACAGUCAGUUCGUCGGAGUGGAGGGUUUCGUUACGGGAAUCCUGGACCUGUUUCCUGGAAAAUACUACCAUCGCUACAGGAGGGAGAUCGCCGUGGCAAUAUGCUGUUUACUGUGCUUCAUUAUUGACCUCUCCAUGGUGACGCAGGGAGGAAUGUAUGUCUUCCAGUUGUUUGACUACUAUUCGGCCAGUGGAAUGACUCUGUUGUGGCAAGCAUUCUGGGAAUGCAUAGUAGUUGCCUGGGUCUAUGGCGCUGACCGCUUCAUGGAUGACGUCGCUCGUAUGAUCGGCUAUCGGCCGUUCCCCUGGAUGAAGUGGUGCUGGUCCUUUAUAACUCCAUGUGUCUGCAUGGGCAUCUUUCUGUUCCACCUGGUCAACUACAAGCCUCUGACCUACAACAACAUGUACGUGUACCCGUGGUGGGGGGAGGUGAUCGGCUGGUGUCUGGCCUUGUCCUCCAUGCUCUGCAUCCCUGUCAGUCUGCUCUACAAACUGUUCAGAGCCAAGGGAACCUUCAGAGAGCGCUGGGCCCACCUGACCUGUCCGGUGUGGGGGGCCCAUCACCUGGAGUACAUGGCCCCCGACAUCAAGUCCCUGACGUCGCUGUCGCCCAGCACCGACGACAACAAGGUCAUCAUCUUCGAGAGCGUCAUGUAAACCGGGCUCCACCGAUCUGCAGCGCUCCAUCCUGACGACGCCUCAUCACCACGACGACGCACCUGACCUUCGGACGUCCCCGGGCAUCAGAUUGAUUGGUUAUCGCCUCAGAUGGCUCCUCUCGGAUCGAUUAUCGUUUGGUCGUCCAAAAGUCACCAAAGCUCCGAUUCAUGACGCCUGUAAAAGACACGAGAUGGAGAAGUCGGCUCCUCCUGGAUGGAUUCAUUACCAAAUUUUUACCUCCCGAGAUUAAGACGUAAACCGAAGUCAAACCAGCAGAUCACUGGGUUCUUUUACACUGAAGGGCUUUGAUGGUUCUCAUGAAGGAAACCCCAAACCUCCUGGAACUUUAAAAGAACCUGAACAAAUUUUUGUAAAAAAGAAAAAAAAGAAGGAUAACCUUAAAAUUUGCUGCAAAUAGUCGAACGCUGGAGGAGCUGAAGGUGGAUGGAUUCCGUCCUGGUGGGGUUUCACUGUGUUUCAAAAGCUGCUGAAUGUCUCCGAGGUCGGGCGUUCACCAUGCAAUCUUGUCCUGGGGGGUUGGAAGGGAUCGGACGUACGGACAAAUAUAGUGAACAUGAUAACGUAGACAGCCAUCACACAUACAGUCACGCUAACGUCAAACAUGUCAUCUGGGCUUUUGAAGAGUUUAGACGCUAAAUUUGGGGUUGACAUUGUCUGGAUUUUUUGGUAUUUUACUGGCUGUGUUUGUGUAAUGGCUGUUUAUUAAGACAGAGCUGUAGACAGACAGACUGACUGACUCCCCAGAAACACUUCCGGAGGUCGGUUGCGUCGUAUCAGGACGUAAAAAUGAGCGACGGCGUCCUGCUCCUCAGUCCUGUGCUCAAACAUCACAAAAACAGCUGAUUAGCUUCGUUUCCAGAUUCCAGCAGCUCUGAAGGAAUCCUGGUUGAACGGUAGGACUGAGGUAGGAUCGGCCGCUCAUGAACCCCUGAUACGACACAACAUGAGGUCCACGAACGCAUCACGCUGCCGGGAAAAC